AUGGGGGUGCUCUCCGAGGACGAGAGCGACACCAGCGCUCUCUUCACGGAGUCGGAACUCGACGAUAGCGAUCUCGACUUCGCGCGCCGGCGUCCUCGCGCGCCGGUCGCACCCCCGCGCGGGGCCCCGGCGAACGACGCGCGAGACGACGCGCCCCGGUUCAGCUCGGAGGACGAGGAGGACGAGCCACGACGCGCGCCCUCGCCUCCGCCCGCGGCUGCUCCCACGUGGGUCGGACCGGGCGCGUCAGCGGGCGCGAGCACACGAGCCGCCGCGGCCGCCGCGGCGGCUCCCGUGGGCCGGCCGGGUGGAGCGACCGGCGGUGCGGUGCCCACCUUCUCGUUCUCGCAUCGCGCCUCGGACUCGGGCAUCGGAAGCGCGAGGCAAACAUCGUACGCGCCCGCCGCGUCGUCGAGACCCCCGCCCACCGCACCGGCAUCGAGGGGGGGAACCGCGAGCGCGCAGAGCUCCCCGGCGAGACGCCCCGCCGCGCCAUCGCACGCCGCGGCGUCGUCACAGCCAAACUCGAGCAACAUCCUCGCCUCGGUCCUCGGCAUCGACGUCGAGCGCGGCGUGGGGGGUUUCGACGACGACGACGACGACGAGGACGUCGCGUCUCCCCUCAGGGGCAAGGAGAGCCGGAGGGACCGCGCGGCGAGGCUGGCGAGGGAAGGGACGUCGCGGCGACAGGACCGGCGAGGAGAGUCUGUAACAAGGGAAAGUAACAAGGGAAAAUCGCUCGGCUCGCUCAACCUCGCGGCGGUGGCAAAGUUCGGCACUGGCGCGAGGUGGUCCGCGCGCGGGUCCGGGCACGAGAUCGGCGCGUGGACCGCAAGGCAGGCGACGCUCGCGGUGGACGGACGAACCACCGCGACGUGGCUCGUGGCGUGCGCCGCGGCGCAACUCCUCGGGGGUCUCAUCGCGUGCCUGUGGGAGUCGGGAGGUCAGUGGGCGGCGCCGGGUCACGACCUGCCCAUCGCGGUCUUGACCGUCUGCGCGGCGCUCGGCGGCGGCAAGGGCGCGUUGGGUUCUAAUUGGAGGACGCAGGCGGUGCUGCAGGUGGGUCACGUGUGCGCGCUGGCGUUCGCGUUGGGCCUCGACGUGUUCGUCAUGGCUAGGAUGUCGGACGUGAUGGCGGCGACGAUGGCGAGGCCGGAGCUGGCGGCAAACAGACGAGCGGCGCGCGGCGGGGUGGGCUUGGCGCUCGCAGCCAAGGCUUUGGCGCUGCCGCUGUCGAUGAUACACGCGGUUAGGGUGGUUUGGCCUGGGCGUGGCGCGCCACGGGAGUAG